AUGGGACUCGAAAGUGAGAAUAUUUAUGAAACUGGAGAAAAAAAUCAACGUUCCUCGUCGUUUGAUGGUAGUGAAACAAAUUCUUCUUCACCAUCAGAAAUAUCUCAGUCGAGAAAAGAAAAAGGCAAUGUCAGCGUCGUAAAGGGGUUUUCUACUUUUGAAGAACAAGAACGUGCAAUUGAUUCUCAUGUUGCAGGCAUCGAUGAAGCUUUGGCUGUUAUACAGGAUGAUGAGGAAUUUGAAUACAGUGAAGCUGAAGAUGCAAGGGUAAGAUGGAAGAUUGACUUCUUCGUACUCCCAGUCAUGUGUAUUACAUAUGGCGUUCAAUAUCUCGACAAGACGGCUGUCUCGUAUGCAGCAGUAUAUGGAAUGAAAGAAGCGGCCCAUCUGAGUGGAGGCGCUUAUAGCUGGCUCUCUACUAUAUUUUAUCUUGGUUAUAUGAUCGCUCAAUAUCCAGCUGGCUAUCUUUUGCAAAGAUACCCUAUUCAUUACUUUUUGUUUACUGCUUCGUUUCUGUGGUCCGCGUGCGUUUUGUUGAUGGCGGCUUGCACGAACCGACAAGGAUUGCUUGCGUUGCGUUUUCUUUCGGGACUCUUUGAAGGUUGCGUGAAUCCGGCAUUUGUGGCCCUGACCUCCAUGUGGUAUAAGCGGGAGGAACAACCAAUGCGAACUGUAGCCUGGUAUGCAUUUAAUGGUGUCUCCACAAUGGUGGGUGCGCUUUUGGGAUACGGAACUGGUCACAUUAAGGGGAGCUUACCGAAUUGGAAAUAUCCAUUUCUAGUCAUAGGAGCAAUUUCAAACAUAUGGUCUUUUGUCUAUAUAAUUUUUCCAAAGAACCCAGUACAUGCAAAAUUUUUGAAUACUAGAGAAAAGCGAGUCGCGAUAGAACGAGUACGGAAAAAUCGCACAGGAAUGGAAACAAAAAAAUUCAAGCUUUCACAAGCUUUGGAAGCAUUUAAGGACCCUCAAGUAAUUUUGUUAGUUCUUUACAAUGGAAUGUGUCAAGUCACAAACGCGAUGUCUGUCUUUAGUGGUUUAAUCAUUCAGGGAAUGGGAUAUUCUGGAAUCAAUGCUGUACUAUUGACACUGCCUUCUGGUGCAGUCACCGUUGGUAGCAUGAUAUUUGCAGGAGUAUUUGCUCAUGUGUUUAAAAAAGGAAGAAUCUUUCUAUGUAUGUUCGUUAGCAGUUUCACUAUAGUAGGAGCCCUUAUGAUUUGGAAGAUACCUGAUUCGAAUCCAUGGGCCCGGGUGGUGGGUGUUUGGCUUUUCUCUCCUAUCGCCUCAGGAAAUGCAUUGGCUCUUUCGCUGUUGAGUUCCAAUAUAGCUGGAUAUUCAAAGAAAGUAACAGCGAAUGCAACUAUGUUUUUAUUUUACUCCGUUGGCAACAUUGUCUCACCACAGCUAUUCAAGCCGAAUCAAGUUCCUGAAUAUAUCGAAGGACUUCAAGCAUCACUUGUAGCAACCUGUUUAUUUGAAGGUGUUUUAGUUCUUCUUGCGGUUUACUAUAUGUAUGAAAACUACCGCAGGGAUAAAUUACUGGAAGGUCAUCCAGAACUAAAUUUUACCGAAAAAAACGAAGAGUUCCUCGACAAAACAGAUCGAGAACAGAUCAAGUUUCGGUAUAUUUGGUAA